AUGAGUUGUGCCAAUUCUGUUUUCUUUAUCUGUAAAGCUGUGGUUCGUGAACAACAAUUGCAAGAUCUUCUUGAAGCAAAAACUUUAGCUGUUAACCGAGCUGACCGUGUCAUUAGCCAGUAUCGUUCACGUAGAGCAGAAGUAGAAGCUGAGAACUGCAGCAUGAGGCAUAUGGUUCGUGAUUUUGAGAGAAGAACUGAAGACUACCAAGCAAGACUAAAAGAUAUGGAAAGUCUUCAGACAGACUACAAUCAACUGUUGAUUGAAAAACAAAAAUUGAUGGGGCUUGUUGAGGAACAUCAACAAUUAAAAGAAAAUUAUGCAGAACAAUGCCAAAAAACUGAAAACCUGGAGCACAUGUUGAAUAGUCUCAAAGAAGAACAUGCCUCGUUAGUAGAAAUGCAUGAAAUUUUGCGCCGGCAUCAUGAGUCUCUCAAACAGCAAAAUGAAAUUGCAUUAGAGAAACAAGCAAAACUGUCAAGAUCACUUAAAGAAUCUGAAUCUCAAGUAAAAGUUUUGAAGAAGUUAAGUUGUGAACAGGAAGAACAACUUCAUAAAAUCUCAAAGGAAAGAGAUGAACUGGAAGAAGCCAUUGAUAAAGUGAGAGGAAAUUUGUCUAAAACUGAAGCUGACAAAAAAGAAUUAUACCAACAGAUUUCAUCUCUAGAACUCUCUCUCUCUCUCUCUCUCUCUCUCUCUCUCUCUCUCUGUCACAUUUCCUCCCCUACCCAUCUGUCAUUUACUAUCAACAACACCUCACGCCUCUUCAACCACCACCAAACCAGCAAGGCCAUGACUAUCAUUAGUAUAAUUCCCACAAUGGUCGGCCAGGUUAUAGCAACCAAAUUCUCUCCCCAGCCCAAAUUCGGUGUACCUAUCCUAUCUAACUCCAACUUCCUGAGCUAA